AAACUACGCGCCCCAGCGGGCGAUGCGCGCGGAGCGGCGGCCUGUGGAUAGGGGGGUCUGCGCGGAGCCGGGCGCGCUUAGCGGGGCGUUUGCGAGGAAACGCUUAACCUCUAGCUGCAGGCUAGGUUAAAGGUUGUUGGAUGAGAGGAGAUUGACACUUUCUCCAAGAAAGUAUUGGUGAAAACAUGAGUUUACUCUGAAAACAAAUUCCAAAGCAAUAGUGGAGCAUCACAUGACGCAAUCAGGCUGUUUCAUCUGCCUAGAGGGCAAGUUGCAACAUCCAGAACCAUCCUUCAGUGAUCCCAUUAAGUAUUUGAGACAUAAAAGAAGAAAAUUAUCCUGCAGUGUUCUGACAGCAGCUCGUUUCUUAAAUGCUAAAAGGUUGUCCUCACAGCAGUCUGAAUAAACCAGGACCUCUGGAAGAUAAAGAGCACUGGAGAAGCUAUGGGGUCUGAAUCAAAGCACAGUUUCAUAGGAAGCUUUCUUCAGCCACCAGAUAAAAUACUUCCUGCAGCCUUUGCUUAUAGAGAAUCAAAGAAGUUGACAGCUGUUGGUGGUGACAGGCUAUCACCUGUUCCCAGCAACCAAGCUGUGGUAGCAGCCCUGAAAACCCUUCAAGAAAAGAUCCACCGCCUAGAGCUGGAGAGGUCACAGGCAGAAGAUAACCUGUGCAGCCUCUCUGCAGAAGCUGCUCUGUAUAAGAAGGCCUUAGAGCAAGAAUCCUACAGAAAGGACAUAUCACAUCAAGAACUGAUGCAUCAGAGGAAAGAUAUAAGUGUGCAGUUAAACGCAGCACAAUCCCGCUGCUCCCUGCUGGAGAAACAGCUAGAUUACAUGAAGGAAAUGGUUUCCAGUGCAGAACUGGAGAAAAAAAUGGUUUUAGAACAACAGAACCAGCUUCAGAAGGAGGAAAAUCAGAACCAGGUGGAGUUGCAUGCAAAACUUGAAAAGCUUGAAGUGCUGGAAAAACAGUGGCUUAAACUUACUGCUACUCAGAGAAUUGCAGAAGACAAGAUCAAACACUUAGAAGAAAAGCUUUGUAAAGAAGAACAUCAGCGCAAGCUAAUACAAGACCAAGCUGCUCAGCUUCAAACAGGAUUUGAGAUAAACAGAAUUUUGUUGUCUUUGGUUUCAUCUCAAAAUGAAUCCAAAAAGAAAAAUAGAAAGAAGAAAAAAAACAAGAAGAAAAAUCCUACUGUGAAAAAAAGGUGCCUUCCACAAUUUCAUGUAAAGGCUGGUGUGCUACCUUUUGUGGCUGGGAAGUCUGCCAGCUCCAGCCAUUCUGUUAGUGCAAACGUACAAAGUGUGUUGCAUAUUAUGAAGCAUCGCAAUCCUCGUGUCUCAUCACGAGGCCAAGAAGGAACUGCAUCUGGGAUUUCAGGACAAACCAUUGCUUCAAAAUCUGUAUCUUCUUAUUCCACAUCAUCUACUGUCACCAGAAAUCUUUCUGACCUUCUGUUGGCCAUAGAAGGUGAACUGAGCCAAAUGAGCUUUGAGCAUCAAGAACUCUUGAAGCAGAUACAGGAAACUCACAACUCUGAAGUUCGUGAAGACCUAGAAUGGGAACUGGAUUGCCUUGUAAAAAAAAUGGAGAUUAAAGGCGAACAAAUAUCCAAACUGAAAAAGCAUCAGGCAAGUGUCCAGAAAAUAAAGCAAAAAACUCAGAAAUUGAAGCAAGAGGCAGCUCAUGUCAAACUAAAAUGUGGUGACCAAAAGGAAACAAAGGAAAUUGCAGUUGCUAUAAGGGAAAGUAGGUCUAAGGCUUGUCCUGGGCAGAAAAGCAAAAGCUCUCUUCAACUGUUAAAAAAUGUGCAGAAACUUCAGUCUACAUUGAAAAGAGAUGAUAUCAUGUGGGAACAAUAGUUCUAAAAUCUACCAUGUUAAAAGUCUUUGAAGUUGCCUAGAAGCUAGUAAGUUUUGAAUUUCAUUGAGUGGCUUUUAAAAAUAAAAUAAAUACAGCAUUUCACAUUCUAAACUGCCUAACCACUAGUAGGUCAGUUUGUUCGCCUCAGAAUUAACUUUCAUGUAGCAUGACUGUAGUUCCACUACACUGACUUUAAAUAAAGCAUUUUUAAUGUAUUAAUAGAGUGCUUACUUAUUAACUUGUCAAAUAAAACUUGAUACCUUUUUUACACUUAAAAUAA